CGCCGGUGUCUUCGUCCUCGCCUUUUGCCUCUUCUGCCUGGUGAGUGGCCUGCUGAAGUCGGCACACACUGUGCUGUCGGGGGUGCUGUUUGCCAAGUACCAUGACGCCUGCCCGUACCUGGCUGUGGUGCAGACGAGUGAACAGUUGGUUGGUCUCGUGCGCUCUCUCCUCUCUGCCGUCUUUAUCAUGAUUGCCGCGGCUGUCCUCUACACGCAGGUACGCAUAUUCUUUCCUCCCUCUCUCUCCCUCUCGCUCUCUCCGCGUUCGGGGUAUAGAGAGAGAGAUAUCCGCUUUAUUUUGAAGAUAUUAUUCCAAAAUUUUCAGCAAAAAACAUUCCCCAUUCAACAUGUAUAA